UUCUCCUUCAAGUAAUUUUUAUCUCCUGCUAAGCAUUCUUUUAGACGAGCAUACAAUCCUCUACUUCCCAUCUAUUGAUCAAGCAUCUCAUCAUGUCCUUCCUCUAUCUCAACCGUGCGACGCACGUCAUCUCUCUCAUCCCCGCCCUCUUCGGCAUCAAUCUCCUCACGCGCCCUGAAGCAACUCUCCAAUCCUUCCAGUACCCCAUUCCUACAGACCCUCAAGCGCAGAAACUUGUUCGUGGACUUGCACGUAUCUAUGGGUGCAGAAAUGUGGUUAUAAGCUUCCUCUUCUUUAACAUCAGCCUCACUGGGGACAGGAAGCUUAUGAGCUUGGGGUAUCUUGGGGCACUUGCUAUGUGCGUUACUGAUGGGCUUGUGGCGAGGGCUGUAGUUGGACAUGGGGAGUGGCAGCAUUGGUCGUUUGCGCCGCUUUGUAUUGGGUUGUUGAUCGGACUGAACUGGUGAUUUGGGUUAGUUGGAACUGAGUCUGCGAUGGUUCUGGUCUGGCUCACACAAGAUGGAUGUAGAAUUAUUGUUUUCGAGACAUGGCAAGAGGGUUCAAAACAUUUAUACAUCACAAAGAAUGAUUCAUGUAUUCUUGACGCAUCUCGUUCAUUUACUUUACGAAGAUUUGCUGAUGAAAUGCACAUGACACACUACUGGCUUCUUGCAAAUGCAUACAAUAAGAUCAAUUUAAGUUCCAG